AUGACAAUGACGACGACGACGGCAUUUCCCGUGCAGAAAUCGGCGCUGGAUCUUCGACAGAGCCAGUAUGAUGAGAAUAGACAGAGCUGGUCCGUAUUAUUGGACAAGUUUGAGCAUGCGCUCUCCAAAACGAGCUCCGAAGGCUCUCCAGAAGCAACGGCGAGACACAUGGCGAAAGGGCAGCUACUAGUUCGUGACAGAGUCAGCCUUGUGCUGGACCAAGACUCGCCCUUUCUUGAACUCGGAGUCUUCAUGGGCUAUAACCUCAAGGAUUCGUCGCCGUGCGCCAGCCUCAUUGGCGGCAUUGGCAACGUUUGCGGCCGCCCGGUCAUGAUAUUAGCCCAUAUUCCAACUCAAAGUGGAGGCGCAUGGAAUGAAAUGACAGUGAUUAAGCAAAAUCGCAUCACCGAGAUUGCGACAGAAAACGGUUUGCCCAUUAUCGCCUUGGUUCAAUCAGCUGGAGUCUUUCUCCCCCAACAAUUCCGCGUCUUCCACAAAGGCGGACAAAUCUUCCGCGACCUCGCCCUCCGCACCCAAAAAGGGUACAAGUCUUGCGCCGUGGUCUUUGGUUCCUCGACCGCCGGGGGCGCCUACCAUCCCGCCCUAUCCGACUACACCGUCUUUGUCAAGUCGCAGGCCCAAGUCUUUCUCGGCGGUCCCCCUCUUGUCAAGAUGGCCACGGGAGAGAUUAUUGGCGCUGAAGAGCUGGGGGGUGCCGACGUGCACGCUACCGUUACUGGUCUGGCGGAUCAGAUUGUUGUCGAUGAGUUCGAGGCGAUAAGAAGCGCCAGAGAAUGGGUCGCCACACUGCCUACGAGCAGUCAUGUACCGAUGGGUGUAACGGCACCGGUACCCCCACGAUAUCCUGCGUCCGACUUGCUCGCUCUAGUGAACCCAGAUAUUCGCAAGCCCUUUGACAUGAGCGAAGCCUUGUUGAGAAUAGUCGACGGCUCGAGACUGCUCAAGUUUAAACCAUCAUUUGGGCGCAAUCUAGUCACGGCUUGGGCACAUAUCCUCGGAUUCCAAGUAGGCAUCGUGGCCAAUCAGACGCCAGUCAUUAAUGCAGAUGAAGCCUCCAAAGGGGCCCAAUUCAUUCGCAUGUGUAACCAGCAAAAUGUCCCCAUCAUCUUCUUGCACAAUGUCACCGGCUUCAUGGUGGGGUCCAAGGCCGAGCACGCCGCCAUCAUCAAGCGCGGGGCGCAAAUGGUCUCGGCCGUCAGCUGCUCGACGGUGCCGCACAUAUCCAUCAUCGUCGGCGCCUCGUACGGCGCCGGCAACUACGCCAUGUGCGGCCGCGCGUACCGGCCGCGCUUCCUCUUUGCCUGGCCCACGGGCCGCUGCAGCGUCAUGGGCCCGGACCAGCUCGCCGGCGUCAUGGAGACGAUCCAGCGCGCCAGCGCCGCGUCGCAGGGGCGCGCCCUCGUCGAGGACGAGCUCCGGCGCAAUGUGGCCAAGUUUCGCGACGGCGUCGAGCGCGAUAGCGAGUGCUAUAGUACCAGUGCCGUGGGCCUGGAUGACGGCAUCAUUGAUCCCCGGAAUACUCGAGACGUGCUGGGCAUGUGCUUAGAAGUAGUCAGUCAAGAGGGUAUACAGGGUACUGAUAGCCACUCGUCACUUGCUCGAAUGUGA